CAGGACUCUGCMGAGUUAUUCUUGGUAUUGGGAUCUUGAUACUGCAGAAAAAUACCUGUAAACGACUGUAGGUGGUCACUUCGCUUGUGUAAACACGCAGUUGUCGACCAAUGUCUGUUCAGGGAUUUGACAAAACAAGCUUCUCUUCGAAAGCGUCAAUCAAAACCCCCUAGCAUCUAAACUUUAAGCUACGGAUUGGAGAGAAAACAAGCCUAAUAAYUGUGAUAUCCGUCUCUUACCAUUUCAAGAAACGGUGGGAUAUUACCUCACCAMUAGAAGGCAUUGARACGUAUUGAAAUUUUCGUCGAAACGUCUUCAAAAUACGCCCAGCCCCUCGGCAUAUUUGCAGCAUUGCUUAUUUACACUGAUAAAGCUGUUCUGAAUUUGCUUUCCUGACGGAUAGAAGGUUCAUUUAUGGGUGCCAACCUCAAACGAUAUCAGUGAGAAGCGAUGUAGAAUGACCUUCGUUCGGAAAAGCAUACCGGUUYUGCUACUGGUSCUUGUAAUAAAGCUAGUAGUACUCGCACAGAAAGAACUAGCCAAACAAGAUCCCAGAGAAACACACGAAAAACGACUCCUCAAAAACCUCUUCCAAAACUACGACAAAGAGGUUCGCCCAGUUUUGAAGAAGAACGACUCGGUGAACGUAGAAUUCAGUCUUAGUUUAAUUCAAAUCAUCUCAGUUAACAGCAAGUCACAACUGGUCACUAUCAGUGUAUGGAUACGUCAGAAAUGGAAGAACCCAUUCAUGUCAUGGAAUGCAUCCGAUUAUGGAGGAAUAGACGUAGUUAAUCUUAACCCAGAAAGAUUAUGGAUUCCUGACGUUAUAUUGUAUGAUAAUGCCGACGAAACGUACGCCGGAGGCCUUGAGAAAUACAAGACGUCAGUCAUUGUGUACAGCGAUGGUACAAACGAAUGGAAUUCCCCAGCAUCCUUCACGAGUACGUGUAAAAUUAACGUCAAGUACUUUCCAUUUGAUAAACAAAAAUGUUCACUAAAAUUUGGCUCAUGGACUUAUAUGGGUGACCGCUUGACAAUGACAUCAGCGUCCGACUCUGCCGACCUUAGCAUGUACGUGAAUAAUGGUGAAUGGCACUUGUUGCAAAUGCCAGCGGUUCUCAACAAAGUCUUUUACAAUUGCUGCAAAUUUCCUUUUUAUGACGUCACACUGCAUCUAAUUAUAAAGCGAAAGCCGCUGUACUAUGUAUUUAACUUAAUUCUUCCUUGUGCUUUGAUUGCUACUUUGACUUUGAUAAAGUUCUUCCUGCCUCCAGAGUCUGGGGAGAAAGUUGGCUUGGGUAUCACGGUUCUUUUGGCUAUGACCGUGUUUUUGCUCCUUGUAGCAGAGACUUUACCAUCGACUUCUGACAAUAUCCCUUUACUCGGGCAAUACUUUGUGGCUACCAUGUUUGUAACGGCGGUCUCUUUGGUCGUCACAUGUAUAAUUUUGAAUUUUUUCCAUCGAAAUCCAGCAACAUCGCCUAUGCCACGUUGGGUCAAAGUUAUCAUCCUUGACUAUAUGGCGAGGGUCUUUUGCUUUGGCGUCUUCCACGAGGAGGAAAGCAAAAUUCGACCCAAGAAACGAAAAAGUCGUAUCGACCUUGACGUCACUUUGCCCGAGGGAGAACUGGGCAUGGAUGAUUUGGUAUCAUUGCGUGAAAUCGACAGCUCACGUACGGCAAAGUUUUCAAGAAUGGACUCCCUACAUUAUCCCAGCGGUCGCAGCACUCCAUGCAGGCGCAGUAUUAGUAUGAUGAGUACUAACAAUCAUAUAAACUCGCUUACUGAAAGACUAUUGGAGGAUAUCAACAUCCUCGCAGAUGACGUCAGAGAAAAACAAGAAGAUGAGAGGCUGAGGGAAGAAUGGCGGUGUGCAGCACUCGUGUUAGAUCGAAUGUUCUUUUGGAUCAUGUCAGUUGUUUCCAUUUUAACUUCGUUCCUAAUCUUCUAUAGAGAGCCAGUAUUGGAAGGUUAAUAACUUAUGGAGACACUCAAUAGGAAAGGGAAAGACCAUUUCAAUUGAAAUUUGCAGUGCAAAAGUUCAAGAGUUUUCAAGGUUCAAGUGGCUGGACAAAUAUAUUGAUUUAGUAUAUGAAGUCAGCCAGUCCGAUCGGUUUUUAUGCGAGGUCUUAAGAAGACAGCAGUUCCCCCAAGAACUAAGUAUAGCUUAUAUUCUGUUUAUUGAUGUCAAGAAAAAAACAAACUUAUUCAAAAAUGCUCGAUUAUAACUCAAUUCUUGAACACAGUUGUUAUACUAGGUAGAAGAAAUCUAGCAAAACAUCAGCAACUCUUGAUGGUGCUUGACAAUAUGACCAACAUUACCACUUUGAAUUGCUUUAAAAGGUACAAAAUACGAGCUGUGGCCCGGGCAUGACACUAGGUCCGUUUCCGCUGAGUUCGAUGCGACCUGUAAAAAAGUAAGGCAUUGAAAUAUAARAUCUUAAAAAGGUAAAAAAUCUCGUUCAAGGUUGCGUAAUAAGGCAACACUCAUGCUAACGUGCGUGCUAAAAAAAAUACAACAAACGCUUUACAGUGAAACUUUUUUCCUCGUAAAACUCAAAGACAAAGAACAUGUGAUCACUGCCACAAUCUUCAAGUUAAGAUUGCAUCGAUUUCGCUGUUCCCAAACUGUAAGAACGUAUGCCUCAGCAUUUUCUACAGCAUUUGAUACAAACAGAAAACAUCAAUAGUAUAUGAUAAGGACUUAUCAGUUAUUCCUGGCAAUUUACUAGGCUUCGAAUGAUACCUGUCAUUGGUAGUGAGGAUUUUCCAAAUGCAUUAGUUCUGGCCGACAUAUGAACGUUUGGCACCUCAUAUUACGCUGGUUUGACAUGAGUUUAGUUYAAACCUUAACUUUCGACCAUAGCAAAUUUUCAACAUAAAAACAAGAACUUAAUUAGAUCCUCCUAAUUAAAUACUCUAAAGGCUUCAGUUCAAACGUCGUUCUUUUCAUGGGCUAUGCUUUAUUACAGCAGUAAAUAUUAAACCAAAGUUCACUUUCCCCCAUUGUUUUUUACUGAUAAAACAACAAUAACAGAUCAAUUAAUAUUUAUCUCGGGUGUCUUUUGUUCUUGUUUAUUGACAAACUAUAUAAGCUUUAAUUAGAGAGUGGAUCCUUUGCUGCCGGAAACCUGAGCAUUGAAAGACUAUCAACGUGAACUAAAUAUUCUCCAAAGUCUCCCAAUUGGCAAUGCAAAAAAAAAAAAAAAACUGCGCCCGUGAAAAGUACUUCUUCUGGACUUGAUCUUUGACUUGGUUUCGUAUGAAAAUGCACAGCAUUUCCUGAUGUAGUUCUAAGUCUACUUUAAUGUGUUAAAUUUAUUUAUAAAUAGUUGUAGGUUUAGAGAAUUCUAAAAUCACCCCUAAUCUAAUAAAGAAGACGGAUUUUAUUUGACUUUGCAAAAGUCUACUACUGUAUAUGUUAAAAAUAAAAUAUCGACUAAAGUUU